UGGCCAUCUUGGCUCGAUUCACAUUCGCCUCCAUGGACUGAUAACUAGCCCCAUACUCUUAAAUGCCUGAGUUUUGAGGGAGGAAUGGGCUGCGUUAUGGUUUGGAAUGUAUUAUUUGCGCGUAAAGGGGGUAGUUUUAUCUUUUAAAAGCAUUUCUUUGGGUAUUUAAGUUCUGUAUAUUGCCAAAUAUGUCUGCUGCUGAUGAAUCCCGCAGUCUGGAGCAGCUGAAUAAAUUUGAGAAGCUGUCAGGGAGUCCUCCGCUCAGAGUGGCAGGCUCUAAGAAGAGAGUUCGCUGGCUUCAGGCUCAACGAAUCCUCGCCCAACCAUGCCCCAGCCUGCGGAUCCCUAACAGGUUUUUAAGAGAAGGUCACAGAGCCCCUCCAGCCCGGAGCGGACACCGCUGCGUUGCUGACAACACCAACCUCUACGUAUUCGGAGGCUACAACCCAGACUACGACGAGUCGGGCGGCUCAGAGAAUGAGGACUACCCGCUGUUCAGGGAGCUGUGGAGGUACCACUUUGCUACCGGGACAUGGCAGCAGAUCCGCACAGAGGGCUAUAUGCCCACCGAGUUGGCUUCCAUGUCAGCUGUUUUGCACGGUAACAACCUGCUUGUGUUCGGCGGGACUGGAAUCCCAUUCGGAGAAAACAAUGGCAACGAUGUUCACGUCUGCAACGUCAAAUACAAGAGAUGGUCACUACUCAACUGCAGAGGGAAGAAACCCAACCGAAUAUAUGGCCAGGCAAUGGCCAUCAUCAACGGCUUCCUCUAUGUGUUCGGAGGGACGACAGGCUACAUCUACAGCACAGAUCUCCACAGACUGGACCUCACCACACGAGAAUGGAUUCACCUCAAACCAAACAACCCUCCGGAUGACCUGCCUGAGGAGCGGUACAGACAUGAGAUAGCCCAUGAUGGACAGAGAAUAUACAUUUUAGGAGGAGGGACUUCCUGGACAUCCUACCCCUUAGACAAGAUCCAUGCAUAUAAUCUUGAAACAAAUUCAUGGGAGGAGAUCACGACGAAGCCUCAUGAAAGAAUAGGUUACCCAGCUCCAAGGAGAUGUCAUAGUUGUGUGCAGAUUAAAAAUGAUGUAUUUAUAUGCGGGGGCUACAAUGGGGAGCUUAUCUUAGCUGACUUGUGGAAGAUCAACCUGCAGACGUUCCAGUGGACUAGACUGCCUGCAGUGAUGCCUGAGCCAGCGUACUUCCACUGUGCUGCGGUCACCCCGGCUGGGUGCAUGUACAUCCACGGCGGUGUUGUAAAUAUCCAUGAAAAUAAGAGGACUGGCUCUCUGUUUAAGAUCUGGCUGGUGGUUCCCAGCCUGCUGGAGUUGUGCUGGGAGCGGCUUCUGAAAGCCUUCCCUCACCUGGCCCAGCUCCCUGCCAUGCAGCUGCUGAACCUGGGCCUGACACAGGAACUCAUCGAACGCUUAAAAUGAAGAGCGUGAGCGGCGUGAGCGGCGUGAACAGCGUGAGCGUGUGGUGAACAUGUCUGUCUGUGGAUUUGAGGAUGGCUGUGAUGCACUUGAGCCAGGGUCUGGAGACGAGGAACACGGGAGAGCUUUCUAAAGACCCCUUCUUCUUAUUCUGGAAUAUGUCCUCUAAGAUGUAGCCUGCCUUAAAACCAAAAACUAUGGAAUGCCUUUUUUGUUUUUUUUUUUUGUUUUUUUUCGUGUAUGCACUUUUAAUGAUUUAAAAUAUCAAGUGGAAUGUUUCGAGUCCUCUCCCACCCUCAUAAAAAAAAAAAAACAGCAGCGCCCCGAGUCGGCAGCAACCUGAAAAUGCUUCGUUUUUCAACGUUUUAGUAGGACAAUGUUCUUAUUUUAAAGGCCUCUAACCGUUUUGGUGUUCUCAAACUGGGCUGCAUGUUGUGUGUUGUUGUUUUUUUUUUUUGUUGUUGUUGUUUGUUUGUUUUUUGCCUUUUUUUAUUUAAUCUAACUUAAGUCUGUUUUUCAACACAUUUUCUAUUAUGUUUACUGUUUGUUCCCCAAAUAAUUGCUGAAGUAUAAUACAAUACAACAUAUAUAAGCCUGAUUUAAUGCAGUGAAUAGACUUACACAGACUCAACUUAAAGGAGAACUCUGGUGUAAAAUUGACUUUGGGUGUAGUAAAACAUGAUAAUGAGUACUAACCAGCUCUGUUCUUCUGGAGCUUUCCAAGAUCCAGUAUUUUGUUUUUUAUAUACAGUUUUUUCCAAACAUGCUUUAGAAUUGUAUGGGAUGAUAUGGGGCAUAUUUUGCCUCUGCAGAUAAAUCGCUUUUUACACCGUUAUUCAGGCUCAAAGUAGCUCCAAACCUUAUUUGUUGAAUCCAGAGAGCCCUGACAUUUAAAACGAAGCAUUAAUAACUUUAAAAGCGCACAAGAAGCUUAUUAAAAAACACUGUUUACAACCCAUAGUGUUAGCUACAUCUCCGGGCACCGCCAUCUUUUACCUGUCCUUUAAAGUAAUGCUUUGGGUUGUAAACAGUGUUUCAUUUUUAAAUGUCAGGGCUAUCCAUGUUUGGAUUCUACAAAUGAGGUGUGGAGCUACUUUGAACCUGGAUAACGAUGUAAAAAGUGAUUUAUCUGCAGGGGCAAAAUAUGCCCCAUAUCAUCCCAUACCAUUCUAAAGCAUGGAGAAACUGUAAAAAUAAAUUACUGGAUCUUGGAAAGCUGCAGGAGAGCAGAGAUGAGCUAUUUAACAAUGGGUAGUACUCUUUAUCAUGUUUUAAAGUUUAAAAAAUGUCAAUUUUACACCAGAGUUCUCCUUUAAUAGAAUAUGGUGGUUAUAAUAAUCUGGUUGCCAUCAUGAAUAUGCAUUAGCUACCCUAAUUGGCCAUGUCCUUACCUCAUUAUUAAAUCUUUAGGAAGGGGCCUGGUUUAUUCUUAUUGGGAUUUCAGGCCCAGUAGUAAUGGUGGCUAGUGUAAAUGUAAGUGUGUUAAAGUCAAAGUAAAAAAAAAAAAACAGCUUUUACCCUUUUUUUUUCCAUAGAUAGAAAUCAUCUUGUUGCAAACCAUCUGCACUUAAGACACAAAAAUGUAAGAUAUCCACCUCAUCCGUCGUCUUUUUGUUGUUUAAUCCAAUUGUUACAUCACUGUGAAUAUGGUGCUCCUUAAUAUAUAUUUAAUUUGCUUUUAAUGAAAUAAAAUCUACUUUACCUUCUGCCGAAACAACGGAACCCCCUCAGCUCUUACCUAUAAUUUAAAACAUGGUGGCGGUAGUUACAUUGAUUAUAAACUGAUAUUUUGUGCCUUUUCCUCAAGUUCCUCAAGUUCUCAAGUUACUUUCAACAAAAGAUGUGCUAUUUUUUUUUGCUUGUGUCUCGACACUCGACACAGAGCCUUGCUGUAAGCACUUUAUAAUAAUUUCACAUUUAAAUAUUUAAUCGGUAUUCUGCAAAAUACAUUGGUCCAGGUGUUUAAAAAGGGUAGGCUAUUGUUUAAAACUCAAGUUAUUAAGCUAAAAAUUUAACCUUAAGCAGUUUUAUGAGGUUUAUUAUAUUAGUAAACCUCAAGUACAAAUAAGUAAGCUGGAAAAAAAAACAUAUUUAAAUUAGCAAUAAUGUAGCUGGACUCUUCUCAUCUUUUACUACACUGACCUGUAAUAUACAUAUACAAAUACAAAUAUCGUAAUAUUUUGAUAUGUAUUAGGGGUAAAGAAGUGUGCACACCCACAUCUUCUGCCUGAAUGCCAAACAUUGCAGCUUCAAAGUGUUCAAACUAUAUAUGUAUCUUGCCUUUUAUGAUAGACGUUUGUUUAUUUGUGUGUUUUAUUUAUUUGAACAUUUAAACUACAUUUACUAUAAUUAGGCACCAGCAAAAAAAAUAAAAUAAAGUUAUGUUAGUAGCAUUAUCUUCUUGCAUCUUACUCUAAGCCUGUAGAUGUGUGUUAUCAUCGUCGAGUAAGAUGUUAAGCAGGGCCAGACGUGUCCAAAAUCCAAAAAAUAUACAGUUUCUGAAUCAAUUUCUCUGAUUUUGCUCUGAUUUAACAGUUUAUGUUUGAGUAAAAUGAGCAUUGUUGUUUUAUUCUAUAAAUUAGAAACAUUUCUCCAAAAUUCCAAAUAUAAAUAUUGUAAUUUAAAGCAUUUAUUUGCAGAAAAUUAAAAAAGAUCGGAGCUUUCAGACCUCAAAUAAUUCAAAGAAAAAAACAAGUUCAUAUUCAUAAAGUUUUAAGAGUUCAGAAAUCUUAAAAAAUAUUUGGUGGAAUAACCCUGGUUUUAAUCACAGUUUUCAUGCAUCUUGGCAUGAAAUGCAUGUUCUCCUCCACUAGUCUUACACACUGCUUUUGGAAAACUUUAUGCUGUUUCACUCCUGGUGCAAAAAUUCAAGCAGUUCAGUUUGGUGGUUUGAUGGCUUGUGAUCAUCCAUCUUCCUCUUGAUUAUAAUUCCAGAGGUUUUUAAUUUGGUAAAAUCAAAGAAACUCAUCAUUUUUAAGUGCUCUCUUAUUUUUAUGUGCCUCCCCCUUUAUUUUUGCUCUUAUUUUAUUGGUUCAGCAUGGCUUAGCUUAGCUCCUCUUUGCAUGAAGUCCAGACUCUGCAUUUCUGACUCUUGUUACUUUCACUCAGACUUCACGUCAGCACAGAUCUGCAGACGGUCCUGAUCGAUUGGGAUUAUAAUAAUGUCAAAUAUUCACACUAAACAAGAAGCUAUAUGCAUUUCUAUCGAGUCUGUGCUACAAAAAUAAGAAAAGAAAUAAAAGAAAAUGUUUAUAAUUUUGAGUGAUUUACGAAGGGUCUUGCUGGAUUAUGAUUUCUGCUGUGCAGCAAAUGGUUUUAAGGCAGCCAUUGAAUACAUGUAUUAUUGUACCUGUUUUGUGUUUUCAUUGUAGGAGAAUCAAUAAAUUUGUUCAAAGUUG